AAUGAUUUAUGUGACCUGGAAAACCCCCCGUUCUCUCUCUGAGUCUCUCUCAUAGUGGGAGAAAGAGAUGAGGAAAAAAACUUGACUUUGCAGAUCUCAUUGACUUGAUAUAAGUUUACUAAAAAAUUGGGUAAAUUCAUCAAAGAUUUAAACUUUGAUAACACCCAGAAAACUCUUGUCAACUUCAUUUGGCUCUUUCUUCUAUUCCAAAUAUAAUCUCAACAUCAAUUUUUGGUUCCCUGCAAUCCUGCACUUCCUCUGUUAUAGAUGAAGGGAAACAAUAAAGAUGAAGAAAGGGAGGCAAAGCCCUCGGAGAGGGAAAUUUUUGGGAUAUGUGGUCCUUUACACCUCACUUGUGUUGAUUGGAGAAUACCCGAUCAUAGGAGAUCAGUUGCGGCUAGUUUGGUUCAAGGUAUAUACAUUCUAGAGAGAGAUCGUCAACAAAAGAGAGCAGGACACAAAGCACUAGCCCCAAUUUGGUGGGAUUUUUUCCAUUUCCAAUGCAUCCAAAUCCUUGUAGAUCAAGUUGAUUCCUCUACAUUUGGAGCCAUUUUUGAGUACAAGCCUUACAAUUCUGAUUAUUUUCACCUCAUGGGAUCCCAAAGUGUACCCCCAAAGUAUGUUAUUGCCUUCCGGGGGACACUAGCCAAACCCGACACUAGAAAACGAGACUACUACUUGGAUAUCCAACUCGCCCUAAACGGGUUAACUCGUAACUCUCGAUACCAAACUGCAUUCCAAGCAGUAGAGAGCAUACUAGUCCAAUGUAGCCCUAGAAAUGUUUGGUUAGCAGGCCAUUCUCUUGGGGCAGCUAUAGCACUACAAGUAGGCAAAGACAUGGCUAAAAAAGGAUGUUACAUAGAAACUUACCUUUUCAACCCUCCAUACACUUCAGCCCCAGUUGAGAAACUCGACAACCCGUAUCUAAAGAGCGGGGCUCGUAUUGCUACUAGUGUUGUAACCGCUGGCCUUUCACUUGCUCUUAAAGGUACUAAAAAUAAGUACAUUACACAUCAACAUGACCCAUUUACCAUACUUAGUUCUUGGAUCCCGUACUUGUUUGUGAACCCGCGAGACCCAAUUUGUUGCGAGUAUAUAGGGUAUUUUGAGCAUCGAGAGAAGAUGGAAGGAUGGGGAGUAGGUGCGAUUGAAAGGAUCGCGACCAAAAAUUCAGUUGUGGGCUUGUUAUCGGGUGCAGUGGGCAGAGAUGGUGAGGCUCUGCAUCUAAUUCCCUCAGCAUUUGUUGUUAAGAAUAUGAUUGUAAGGGAACAAGAACUAAAGGUAGCUCAUGGCAUUCAUCAAUGGUGGGAACCUCAUACAUAUUGGCAGCCUAAGCUCUACCAAUAUAAGUGACAUAAAAACACAGGAUGCAACAAAAUGUGUAUAAUGACAAGCUUUAUUUAAUCACAAUCAAGAAGUUGUAUGAGUUUAUUUUUCAUCAUUUUAUGAUCACAAGAAUUAUAUUCAUUGUGAGAACAUGGUGAUUUUUUUUAAAAUUAAGAGGCUCAUUUUGCGUUUUU